AUGCCCGAAAGCAACAUGAGUAUAUCUGUGAACGGGCAGUCUCAAGUCCCUCCUGGCUUCCGAUUCCAUCCAACCGAGGAGGAACUUCUUCAUUACUACUUGAAGAAGAAGGUCUCCAACCAAAGGAUCGAUCUCGAUGUGAUUCGCGAUGUCGAUCUUAACAAGCUUGAGCCAUGGGAUAUCCAAGAGAAGUGUAGAAUCGGAACCACUCCACAAAACGAUUGGUACUUCUUCAGCCACAAGGACAAGAAAUACCCAACUGGAACUCGCACAAACCGCGCCACAGCUGCCGGGUUCUGGAAGGCCACCGGCCGUGACAAAGUGAUAUACAGCAACGGCAAAAGGAUUGGAAUGAGAAAGACUCUUGUCUUCUACAAAGGCCGAGCUCCCCACGGACAAAAGUCCGACUGGAUUAUGCACGAGUACAGACUCGACGACAAUACAAUCGACAGUACCAAUUCCUCGGUGGUUAUGCAGGUGGAAACAACACAAGAAGAAGGGUGGGUGGUUUGUCGAAUAUUCAAGAAGAAGAACCAUCACAAAACCCUAGACAGUCCUGUAAUGUCGUCCGUCACGAUUAGUACGGACACAAGGAGCUGCAACAGUGACCAGAUGAUGAUGUUCGAUUCGGAUAAUCAGAUGAACGAAGAAGGAGCUCUGGAGCAGAUAUUUCAGUACGUGGGACGAAGGGCUGAUAAUUGCAAGGAAGAGAUCAAAUACAAUAACAACCACCACAACACAAGAAUUUUUCAGUCCUUCAACAGUAGUACGGACAUGAACAAGCACAUGAACAGUAGUACUACUUUUACUACUGUUUAUAAUGACAAUGAAAGAUUCCUGAAACUUCCGAGCCUCGAUAGCCCAAACUCCACAAGCAGCCAAAACUGUUACCAACCCUUGCAAGGCUCGGAUCCCAAUAACUUUGGAUUCUCUAAUCAUAAUCAUGAUCAUCAUCAGACGGAGAUGAUCACCAACUGGGCAACUCUUGAUCGCCUUGUGGCUUCCCAGUUGAAUGGCCUAAGUACCGAUCAGGCUUCUAGACAAUUAGUCUGUUUCGCUACUCAACCCGCCAUGAAUUACUGCAGUACUAGUAAUAAUCAUGAUGAUGAUCAUGAUAAUCAUGACGAUCAUCUGCAAAUGUCCGCGGCCAUCCGAUCAUCAUCAUCUUCAUCCAACAAGCCUUACCAUGCCACCCACACUCAGGACUACAGCAACGAGAUGGAGCUGUGGAGUACUUUUGCCAGGUCAUCGUCGUCGUUGUCAUCAUCCAACCCGAUAUGCCACGUUUCAAACGCAUCGUUAUAACAGAACAA